AUGGGCCAACCAAUACUAGCCGGGCUGGACAUGAUACCCUACUGGUCGAAGAUGACUGGAUUUUUCGAGACGUCAAGGGUGAAGCCGGUCAACAUCUUGAUGCUUGUUGGACUCCUGGCCGUGAUAUGGGGCCGAAGAUGGGCAGAGGUGCAACGUGCGAAGAAAGCCCGGAAGAUCCUUUUGGAGAGCGGCGCGAAUUUCCCGGAAAUAGAGCCUCUGGAGGAAUUUGAGUGGGAGAAGACGGAGCCGUUGCAAUUGAGGCCAUAUAAACCAAAGUAUCAUCUUACGAUGGCUCUGGAGAAUCUUGAUCCGAGCGAACUUAUCCCUAUGGAUAAUACGUACAAGGAACGAAUUGAUCUCCGUCGGCGAUUGCUCAAAGAGCAUCGCGAUGUCGUCUUGGGGGUCAACAAGGAUAAAUCAGGUGAAGAAGACCCUCGCACCCGUGCCGCAGUAAGCGAAUUAUAUGAAUUCGUCCUGGGAACAUACCUGCCCACCAGAUAUCCAAAGAUGUUCAAGCUCGUCGAGGCCAACUUCGAGACGGGGAAAACGAUCCUUGUUCGAAACCAAGUUACGGGGGAGAUGCUCCCGACGACGCUGAAUCCUAAUCGACCGACAAUCACGGCACUGGAAACGCUAGCGAAGACGGUGGACGAGGAGAUGUUGAUUCUGCUUCCCGAAAUCAAGGCUUCGAAUCACUCCGAGAAGACGAGCGAGAAGCGCACGCGAGAGCGUUCGAAACCACGCUCGGAUCCCUCCGCGCCGGAUGGCGAAGGGAACAGAUACGUUCUCGAAGCGUACACGACAUGUUUCCCGUCUGGUUUUGACACUCGCACAAAGCUCGGCAAGCGGCUCGACGAGAUCCACAUACCGGUGCCGGGAUACAAGCAAAAGUUGGAAAAGAGCAUGGAUCGGUUCUUUGACAAGUUGGAAGUAGGCAAGUUUGUGAAACGGGCAAACUGGACUCUGACCACGGAUGCGGAUCUGUUUGCGGCAUUUGGGGGGAUCCAUGGGCAGCAGGGAGAGUGUAUGAAACCGUUGGAAGAAUUGGAUUUGGAUAAUACAUUCCUGCGUUGCGAGAGGCAAACACUAUAUCGCCUGCCUACGUCUGGAGCAUUGGUGUUUUCCUUUCAUACAUACCGCUAUCCAAUCCAACAGAUCAAAGACGAAGGGUCCGCAGAGGACCUGGCGUUGGCGAUUGAUGGAUUCGAGGCUGGAAAUGUGCCUUUGAUGGCGCGGUAUAAGCGCGUCCCGGCAUGGGGAGAGGCUGUCAAGGAGUAUUUAAGGAGUUAG